AUGGAUAUACCAACGGUGCUUGUCGUCACCGGAAUCGUACCCUCAUUCCGCGGCACCGACAGCUACCUAGCGUUCCCGACCCUCCUUAACACUUAUUUGGAAUUAAACAUCGAAGUUCACUUCAAACCCGAAAUGAACGAUGGAUUGAUAUUGUACAACGGUCAGAAACCUGGUGGCUCGGGCGACUUUUUCUCGUUCGGGCUCCGUGACGGCAUUCCCGAGUUCCGUUUUGACGUCGGAUCUGGGGCUGCGAUCAUAAAGGCGACAGAACCAGUGACAUUGAACGAAUGGCACGUGGCUAGGCUCGAAAGGGUUAAAAAACACGGUAACAUGUACAUCGACGAACGCGGUCCAUACCGUGGUGUCAGUCCAGGUACAUUCCAAGGAAUGGAUUUGUCUCAACUCUUGUACAUUGGCGGAGUUCCCGACUUUGGGUCGAUACACAAAGACGUCGGUUUCCAAACCGGAUUCAUCGGUUGCGUCAGCGGUUUUAAAUCGGAAACCCGUACGUAUAACUUGAUGAAGGACUCGGUGGACAAACAAGGUUUGGGCACGUGUGAUGUCUGUUCCAACAAUCAAUGUUUGAACCAAGGUAUCUGCCAAGAGGCUCAAACCAGACAGGGGUACACGUGCAUAUGUCAACCCGGCUACAGCGGCGAGUAUUGUGACAAGAUAAGUGAAGUUUGCACGCCGGCAGGGCCGUAUUUGAGGGGGGCAAGAAUCUGUGGGCUCGGUGAAUGUUUGGCUGGACACGAAGAAAUCGAAUGCAAAUGUAAAAUCGGCACGCUCGGGAAGAGAUGCGAACGUACCGUUGAAAUCGUCGAACCGUAUUUCGGAGGCAAAUCUUAUCUAGCGUUCCCGGCACCGACUUCGCAACAGAAACUAACGAUAUCCUUGAAAAUCAAUCCGGCGUCCUUGACUGACGGUGUGAUUCUGUACGCCGCUCAAAACCACCAAGGAAUCGGCCAAUUCAUGUCAGUGACGUUGAAGAACAGACAAGUGGAAUUCCGCUACACCAUGGCCGGUAUGACGUCCAUGCUGUGA